AUGGAACCCAAGCAUUUGGAUGUUAAAUAUGAUUGCAAACGAAUUAGAAGAAUGAAUGAAGUGACAAUUAUGGAUCUUCCAAGGGUUAUUAUGGCAGAAAUCCUUUCAAGAUUGCCAAUAAAGCCCAUUUUCCGCUGUAAGACUGUUUGCAAACUGUGGUAUCAUCUUUUAACUUCUGACCCUUUAUUUGUUAAGAUGUAUCACACAAAAUCAUCUAAUUCUCCCUGCAUUUUGCUCUCGAUUAACAAUUCUGUCCGGUUACUUGUGGAACUCAAAGCAUAUUAUGACUAUGAUUCUCAACCCUUAAAUACACUCAUUCUAUUGAGCCGUAAGUUUCACCUCCCGCGACCCAGCGACUUGCUUUCAGAUGACCUAUUUGGUUUUACUUCUGUUAAAGAAAACUUGACAUUAAUAGGUUCAUGUAAUGGGUUCAUUUGUUUGUUGAAUGGCUGGAGUCAUGAGAAAAAUCAUUCAGUUUACAUUAACAAUCCUCUUUUGGGUGAGUAUUUCAAGGUUAAGUUGCCUGAAAAGGAGAAGAGAGUUCGUUGUGUUGCUUAUGCAUUCUGCUAUAGUGAAGAAGGCUCUGGACAGUAUAAAAUAUUAAGAUCAGUAAAAGUUAGAAAGUUUCGGGGUCGUCCUGAAGUAUUAGAAUUGGAUGUUUAUACUCUUGGUGUUGAUGAGAAAUGGAGAAAUGUGGGUGAGGCUCCAUGCCCUGUAUCGCAUCAUUUUGGCAAGGUUAAUGUCAAUGGUUCUCUUCACUGGAUGGAUCGCGAAAAAAAUGACAGCAUUUACUCCUUCGAUAUUGGGAUAGAAAAGCUGAAGUCCUUGCCAUUUCCACCUGGUUUGAAAACUCCAUCCCCAUGCUUGAUGCUCGUAGAGUUGGGGAAUUGUCUAUGUUUAUCGGAUAAUAUAUCUUUUCAGCAUAUUGAUAUAUGGUGGAUGAAAGAGUAUGGAAUAGCUGAAUCUUGGGUUAAAGAUCGCAUUUCGUUGUAUAAUAUUCCGCCUGAUAGUUGUGGUGCUAGAUAUGUACCAAUCAUAAUUUGGAAAGAUGGAAAAAUCUUGAUGCAAAGGGAACGUGGCGCGCAGCUAAUUUCUUACAACCCAUAUGAUAAGCAGUUUACGAAGGUCAAUGUUUAUGGUAUUGGCAUUGGAGCGACUAAAUACGUUCCAAAUCUUUACUCGCUCAAGACUGUCAUGGGGGACAACUUUCAAGUCUCAAAUGUUUUUGCCAAGACAGAAAUAGUUUAG